AUGACUCUACGCCGCUCAACAGCCGCAGAUUCACCAGUCUCUCACCGAUCACCUCUAACCGACAAUCACAAACGUACUAAUAUUGACAAUAAGCUUGUGAAGUUCUUCGCGAGGAUUCCCGUGGAGAGUAACCGUUCCGCUGCCAAGUAUUUAAAGAUUUUUUCGAAUUCUUCGGUCCCUGCUGCGUUGGUGAUGCUCUUUGUGUCUCCUUUGGAGAUCAAUAAAUCUUGUGGGAAGAGUUCGAUUAAGCUCUUUUUGAAUAGUUGUUUAGCGUUGCCGAUGCAUCAGCAGAACAGCUGUUUGCCUGUUGUGUUGGAGUUUUGUAGAUUGCUUAGGAGAGCUUGUCCUGAUAAUAAGUUGUAUGUGUCUUGUCGGAAUACCUUGGGGUCGAUGUUGGAUUUGGUGUGUAAAUGCGAUGAGUUUCAGUUGAGGUUGUUUACGAUUGGGGAGGAGAUUUACCCAUGUGUGACAGAGUUAGCUGAUGUUAUGGAGAAGGAGUUGUUACAGAACACAGGGCCUAGUUUGUCUGAAGUUCAGAAAUUUUCUUCCUUUUGGCAACCUUUGAAGCGGGCUAUUACCGCUCAGCUUCCCUGCGUGUUUCCCGUUGAUAUGCCUCUGAGGAACACUGUUUUGGAAGCGGAGAUUGGAAAGCUUUAUCGGAUAUUCGGAAGGUUAUUGACUAUCAUGGACAUUUGUAUGACUAGGAUUGAAAAUAUGUUGGAUAUGAGAGGAGUUGUGAACAACACAGAAGCUAUGUCUGCAUCUUGGUCUCAGUAUCUUGCUAUUCUGAAGAUUAUUGAUUCAAUGUGUGAGCUCUAUCAAGGUGCUAAGGAACAGGUAGCUAGUCUUCUAAACACAAGGAAAGCUUCAUUCUCCGCCCUAGUUUUGAAAUUUGCGAAAAGAGGGGAUGAUCACCAGUGGAUCUUUGACUACAAGGAAGCUACAACCUUUGAAUCCAGGAGGCAUUUAGCAAUGCUGCUGUUUCCUGACGUGAAAGAAGACUACGAUGAGAUGCAUGAAAUGCUCAUUGAUCGCUCUAAUGUGUUUGCUGAAUCGUUUGAGUACAUAUCUAGCGCGACUCCAGGGUCACUUCAUAGUGGACUGUUUAUGGAGUUUAAGAAUGAGGAAGCUACAGGUCCUGGUGUUCUAAGAGAAUGGUUCUACUUGGUAUGUCAGGAGAUAUUUAAUCCCCGAAAUGCCCUCUUCCUUCGAUCUGCUGAUGAUUUCAGAAGAUUCUCUCCCAAUCCAGCAUCUAAGGUGGAUCCACUACAUCUCAGUUACUUCGAGUUCACUGGUCGUGUGAUUGCUUUAGCUUUGAUGCACAAAGUUCAAGUAGGGGUUCUAUUCGACCGUGUUUUCUUCACACAGUUGGCCCACCCGGAAAUCAGUUUGGAAGAUAUCAAGGAUACGGAUCGAGUCAUGUACAAUAGCUGCAAACAGAUUCUUGAGAUGGAUCCAGCGUUCUUCGAUUCAAACGCGGGUCUUGGUCUAACUUUUGAGCUGGAGACAGAGGAGUUGGGGAAAAGGGAAACAGUAGAGUUACUUCCAGACGGCAAAUCCAUUGCUGUUAACAGCGAGAACAGGGAACAAUACGUUAAACUCCUAAUCAAGCAACGAUUUGCCGCAUCAAUCUCCCAGCAUGUAGAGCGAUUCUCCAAGGGCUUCUCUGAUAUCCUUUCAGAAUCUGUACCUACCUUUUUCAAACGGAUAUACUUGGAGGAUUUCGAUGGGAUGCUUCGAGGAGGGGAGAACCCAAUAAGCAUAGAUGAUUGGAAAGCUCAUACAGAGUACAACGGAUUUAAAGAGACUGACCGCCAAAUAGACUGGUUCUGGAAGAUUAUGAAGAAAAUGACAGAGGAAGAAAGGAGGAGUGUACUCUUCUUUUGGACAUCGACUAAGUUUAUACCAGUGGAAGGGUUUAGAGGGUUAUCAUCGAAGCUGUACAUCUAUAGGUUACAUGAAGCUAAUGAUCGUCUUCCAACGUCUCAUACUUGCUUUUACCGUCUCUGUUUACCAAAGUACCCGACGAGUGCCCUCAUGGAACAACGUCUUCGAUUCAUCGCCCAAGAUCAUGUCAGCUCCAGCUUCGGUAAAUGGUGA